GGUCUGGGAAGGACUAAGUCACUCGCCGCUGCCGGGAGCGCACUCGCGGCUCCUGAAGUGUUGCCGCGUCGCAGUUCCUCGCUCGCCGCGCUCCUAGAAGGGGCGGCCGCCUCCAGGUGACACAGACGGGACUCCCGCUUGCGCUUUCCAGAUGCAUCAGAGAUACUUUUGGACCGACCAGGGCCCAGUGGCGUUCGGCGGGCACUUCAUGGCGGAAGGCGAAGGGUACUUUGCCAUGGCCGAGGACGAGCUGGCCGGCGGCCCUUACAUCCCCCUGGCCGGCGACUUUAGCGGCGGCGACUUCGGCGGCGGCGGCGGCGGCUUCGGCGGGCACUGCUUGGACUAUUGCGAAAGCCCCACGGCGCACUGCAACGUGCUGAACUGGGAGCAAGUGCAGCGGCUGGACGGCAUCCUGAGCGAGACCAUCCCGAUCCACGGGCGCGGCAACUUCCCCACGCUCGAGCUGCAGCCCAGCCUGAUCGUGAAGGUGGUGCGGCGGCGCCUGGCCGAGAAGCGCAUCGGCGUCCGCGACGUGCGCCUCAACGGCUCGGCCGCCAGCCACGUCCUGCACCAGGACAGCGGCCUGGGCUACAAGGAUCUGGACCUCAUCUUCUGCGCCGACCUGCGCGGGGAAGAGGAGUUUCAGACUGUGAAGGACGUCGUGCUGGACUGCCUGUUGGACUUCUUACCCGAAGGGGUGAACAAAGAGAAGAUCACACCACUCACGCUCAAGGAAGCUUAUGUGCAGAAAAUGGUUAAAGUGUGCAAUGACUCUGACCGAUGGAGUCUUAUAUCCCUGUCAAACAACAGUGGCAAAAAUGUGGAACUGAAAUUUGUGGAUUCCCUCCGGAGGCAGUUUGAAUUUAGUGUAGAUUCUUUUCAAAUCAAAUUAGACUCUCUUCUCCUCUUUUACGAAUGUUCAGAGAACCCAAUGACUGAAACGUUUCACCCCACAAUAAUCGGGGAGAGUGUCUAUGGCGAUUUCCACGAAGCCUUUGAUCACCUUUGUAACAAGAUCAUUGCCACCCGGAACCCGGAGGAAAUCAGAGGGGGAGGCCUGCUUAAGUACUGCAACCUCUUAGUGAGGGGCUUUAGGCCCGCCUCUGAUGAGAUCAAGACCCUUCAGAGGUAUAUGUGUUCUAGGUUUUUCAUCGAUUUCUCAGACAUUGGAGAGCAGCAGAGAAAACUGGAGUCCUAUUUGCAGAACCACUUCGUGGGCUUGGAAGACCGCAAGUAUGACUAUCUCAUGACCCUUCAUGGAGUGGUGAAUGAGAGUACCGUGUGCCUGAUGGGACAUGAAAGAAGACAGACUUUAAACCUGAUCACAAUGCUGGCUAUCCGGGUGCUAGCUGACCAAAAUGUCAUCCCUAAUGUGGCUAAUGUCACUUGCUAUUACCAGCCAGCCCCGUACGUAGCAGAUGCCAACUUUAGCAAUUACUACAUUGCACAGGUCCAGCCAGUGUUCACAUGCCAGCAACAGACAUACUCCACUUGGCUACCUUGCAAUUAGGAAUCAUUUAAAAGUGUCCUGUGGGGAAGCCAUUUCAGACAAGAUAGGAAAAAAAAAGAGAAAAAAAAGAAAAAAGAAAAAGGCUGAGUGACCCAGCCAUGAUUAGGGAUAUGUUUUGUGCAAUGAUGAUCUGCUCCUGGUUUUAAACUUGGCAAAGCUUGUGGAUCUUUUCAUAGGUAUGGGAGCAUGAUCUCAAAAUAACCCACCCCACCACCACCGCCAACCCUCCCACCUCAUUCUCCUACCCAGCUGGAUUCUGUCCUGAAACAAAAGAGACCUGUCAUUAAAAGCAACCAGGUUCUCCUAAAAUAACAAAGGAAAAAAAGCUUGAUGACAAUAUGGGUUUGCAGUACCUGCUCCCAUAGCUUUGCCAUAGGAAAAAAAGACAAGUGGAGAGUUUCUUAUAAGGCGGAAUUCACAAAAGGGAAAAUACAGAGGAAAAAAGGGUCUCACUCCAACGAAAUUAUCAAUUCAGGAGUUCAGAUAGUAACAACUGUACAGGAGGAAGGGGGACUCCAACAUUGGGAUUACUAUCUGAGGCUUGUAGCAAGUGCUUUCUGUGGAACUCUCCCAUUGCGCUAAUAGAAACGGCUUGCUCCGAAUGAGCAGUAGUAGGUUGGUGCAGUUCUCAUAACAAACAGCAGAACUUAUGAUGACACAAUCCAUUAUUUCCAGCUGCGUGCAUAGCUCGCAUUUUUUAAAUGUGAAAAUGCAAGCAAAAACAGCUGUAGCAAAGAAAGUAUGCUCAAGGACCAAAGAUUUAACAGAUAAAAAUACCCAAGUAGAAAAGAAAUAGUAGAAUAUAUAAAGAGUUACUAUAUUUGUUACACACCGAUAUACAUCAAAGUGCCUGUUGCCUUCUGAAAAUUUGAAGUGGAAAAAUUUUAUGGUUUAAUGACUAUUUUAUCAGGGACUCAAGAAGAAAAUAAAACAACACAUAAGCUUGUGAAUGGUGGAGGAGAUGCCCUAUUUUUUCUUGACAAAUACUUGUAUAAAAUUAACCUUGUUGGUGUGAUAUUAUCCUAGGUACAUGUGUAUGUGUGUGUAUAUUAUGUGUAUAUAUAUACAUAUUUGUGAUAUGUGUAUAUACACACAAUACAUUGAUUAUGGUCUAGAAAAAUGUAGCAUAUAGGAAAUGUUUAAAUACUGUGUGCUUUUAUGUUUUCAACAGGAUGACAUGAGACGUGGGCAUAUUGCAGUGAUGAAUUAAAACCCACAUCUAAAAAAAUUAAAGCGAAUGAAGGAGGAAAACAAUUAAUAUAUUUGAUAGGAAGAGCAGAGAUUAUACAUUUUUAGUGAGUUUUUUUUUUCCUUUUUUUCUUUUUUUUUUUUUUUUUUUUGUGAGUCAUAGAAUUCCACAAAUGGGAGAAUAUUUGUUUGGCAGAGCACUCUUUUUUUAUACUAAACUGCCAUUUUGACAGUUUGAACCCUUUUACUUUUUGUAAUACUUGCAUACCUCCAUGGUGUAUAAUCCAGUGGAUCAUGGAUCAGUGAUAGUCUGUUUAAAUCCCUGACUGCUAAAAAAGAAUUUCUGGUGAUCUGAACACUACUUAUUAAUAUUUAAAUGAAUUUUUAAAUGAAUGCAUUGUGCAUUCCAGGACCACUAGAAUUUAGUAAAUGUGAAA